AUGUACGUUCAUCAACGUUCAUAUUGGUUCUUUCUUGACCAUCUCUAUCUGCUGACCAGAGGUUGCGGUAGACUGCGAUUAUAAGAAACGAAAUAUAGUAGAUAUCCAGUUGGCUUUACGUGGACACAAAGUUUCGCAAGAACGCACAACGGCCGCGUGCCGGCAUACAGAUCUACGGGAGAACGGAAAUUGGUUAUUGAAGAAAUGGCGGCCGAAGUUCCGAUGCUAAAUAAGAACCGAAUGCAGGUCUUUAAGAACAAAGGCAAGGAUCAGGAGGAGAUGAGAAGAAGACGUAAUGAAGUAACAGUAGAAUUACGUAAAAAUAAACGUGAAGAGACUUUACAAAAGAGAAGAAAUGUACCAAUUACAGAUUCAACAGAUGAAGAUGACAUGGAUAAACAUCUUUCAAAAAUGAAUUUGGACGAUUUAGUAGCAAGAGCUAAUAGUUCAGAUCCAGCAGUACAGUUACUAGCUGUACAAUCAGCGAGAAAACUGUUAUCUUCAGAUCGUAAUCCUCCCAUCGACCCAUUGAUAGAAAGUGGUAUUUUACCAAUUUUGGUUCGUUGUCUUGAACAGCAUAACAAUCCAUCGUUACAAUUUGAAGCAGCUUGGGCUUUAACAAAUAUUGCAAGCGGAACAUCAGCUCAAACACAGGCUGUAGUUACUGCUGGUGCAGUUCCACUUUUUCUUCAUUUGUUGCUUUCAAGCCAACAAAAUGUAUGUGAACAAGCUGUGUGGGCCUUAGGUAACAUUAUUGGGGAUGGUCCAGUACCUAGAGAUUAUGUUAUUAAUCUUGGUGUUGUACAACCGUUGCUAACAUUUAUAAAGCCGGAUAUACCUAUUUCAUUUUUACGUAAUGUUACAUGGGUCAUUGUAAACUUAUGUAGGAAUAAAGAUCCACCACCACCAAUGCAAACCAUAAAGGACAUUUUGCCUGCUCUAAAUAUGCUUAUUUAUCAUAAUGACAUUAAUAUUCUUGUUGACACUGUAUGGGCCUUGAGUUACCUGACUGAUGGUGGUAAUGAGCAAAUUCAAAUGGUUAUAGACAGUGGUGUUGUACCUCGCUUAAUACCGCUUCUUUCGCACAAAGAAGUUAAAGUGCAAACUGCUGCUCUUAGAGCAGUUGGCAACAUUGUAACUGGCACGGACGAGCAAACGCAAACUGUUUUAAAUUGUGACGCUCUUUCGCAUUUUGCUAAUUUGUUGACUCAUCCUAAAGAGAAAAUUUGUAAAGAAGCAGUUUGGUUUCUUUCUAAUAUUACCGCUGGCAACCAAUCUCAAGUUCAAGCUGUAAUAGAUGCAAAAUUGUUACCUCUCAUUAUUCGUAAUUUAGCAAAGGGUGAAUUCCAAACACAGAAAGAAGCAGCAUGGGCGAUUAGCAACCUCACAAUAAGCGGUAAUAGAGAACAAGUCGCGGAGCUUAUAAGAGAAGGAGUAAUUGCUCCAUUUUGUGAACUUUUAUCUUGUAAGGAUACUCAAGUUGUACAGGUGGUGUUGGAUGGAAUCCAUAACAUGCUUAAACUCGCUGGGCCAGAAGUGGAUCAUUUGGCAAAUAUGAUUGAAGAAUGUAAUGGUCUGGACAAAAUAGAAGCACUGCAAAAUCAUGAAAAUGUAGAUAUUUACAAACUAGCGUAUGACAUAAUCGAGCAAUAUUUUUCAGAGGAGGUGGAUGAUGCACCACAUGAAGGAGCUUUUGAAUUUGAUCAAACGACGAAUAUUCCAAACGAAGGUUUUAAAUUCUGAGGAAGCCUCCAGCUACAUGUAUCUUCUUUUUAUCCGAUUGUGCCGUCCCCUGAUAAACUCCGAUGCGGAAUCAUCAUUUUGCUUUCUUUUUCCUGUUUCUACAUCACCCUCGUGCUCCAAUGAAGACAUAGCAAUAUGAACUUACCGCUGAAUUAUUGAUUAUUAUUAUGUUUGCUGAUCUAAACAUACAGUGUGAUUUAUUGACCACGUUCGAAAUAUCGGAACCAAUUAGGGAAAGAAGGCUAAUUACAGAAUGGAACUGUAGUAACCAUAAAAAAGGGCAUUUUUGUGAUUUGAUCUUUGUGUACUUCGCAAUUUCUUUCCUCAUUUUUAUAAAUAUAUGUAUAUUAUUUCUUUUACAAAAUACAUGAGAUAAAUGUAUUAGCAAAAUUCUUAGUCAAAGAGCAAUUAGCAAGACACACAAAUGCAUGUAAAAAAAACUUUGCGUUUAUGCAUAUGUGCAAAUAUGCAUUUAUGCGUAUUUGAAUGUGUAUAAAAAAAAGAUUACUGAAAAAAAAUUCACGGAAAAGAAUAACCUUUCUAUUGCUUGAACAUGCUACUCUCCACUCUAACUCAGGACAAGUCUUGGUUAGCGAUAUUACUUUUAUAAAAUAAUUCAUGUAUAUUUUAGGCAUGUUAAAUUUAUAUAUAAUGAUAUAUUGAUUACUAAAUAAAUAAAUCAACUGACUACUCUUUGAUAGCAUAAUUGUAAGUAUGGACAUUUCUGUAAGGAGGAGCAGAAAACUAAUAAAAUUUCAAUAUGAAUUCGGCACAAU